AUGAUCACUGAUCAAUACAGUGGUAAUUCUCUGACUGUUGUUUGUUCUUCAGAUGGAUUUAUGGAUUACGAUGUGAGUCGCUGUGACUUUAACUUCUCUGAGCCGAACGACAUCACGUACAUCUACUCUAUGUUCUACAACAAACUGGGGAAGUUUGUUGGAUACACUGAGAUCGGAGUGAAGAACGCUGAACGCCUCAACAAAGGUCCAGAAGUGGUUCAGAGGAGGAAUGAUGAUGUCACAGUCUGUGUCUCCACCUGGUGGAGAAACAGCGUCACUGCAGCUGCUGCUCCCUACGUGGUCAUGAGCUCCACGACGCCCCCUGCUGGUAAACAUCCUGCCAUGUUGGUCUGCAGCGUCUUCGACUUCUACCCCAAACAGAUCAGAGUGAGCUGGCACAGAGACGGACAGGAAGUCUCCUCUGAUGAGCUGACAGAUGGUGAUUGGUUCUACCAGGUCCACUCUCACCUGGAGUACACACCCAGGUCUGGAGAGAAGAUCUCCUGUGUGGUGGAGCACGCCAGCCUGAAGGAACCUCUGGUUACUGACUGGGAUCCGUCCAUGCCUGAGUCAGAGAGAAACAAGAUCGCCAUCGGAGCCUCAGGACUGAUCCUGGGUCUGAUCUUAUCUCUGGCUGGAUUCAUCUACUACAGGAGGAAGGCCCGAGGACGGAUCCUGGUUCCUACCAACUGAGACGGUCCUGUAUCCUGGACCUGGACCUGGUGCUGGUGCUAGGUCCGGUUUCUGGUCUUGGUCUU